AAGCUUUUGUGAAGCCGCACCGGGAAGAGCAGCAGCCCUGCCCGCUGACCCGUGAGCGGGGCUGAACAAAGAUACGGCCCGCGGAGCGCCGCUGUCCCUCCGCUGCCGGUGGGGUGGGCGCACGACCGGCCGUCUGGGGCUGUAAACACCGGCGGCUUUUGCUGCAGGAGCGGCUUCUGGGACCUUAGAGUUGUGGAGGAAGUUGCACGGAGAGGCUCAGCUCAAAGCUUAGCUCUGCUUUUGUGCUGCUGUGGGAUCGCGACCUAGACAUCAGCAAAGUUGCGCAGGGAGCCUGGAAGCAAUUUGCCGAGCCAGUGUGAUAAUCUCCAGUUCUUGUGUUUUAUAGUACAUGGUGUCCUAGUUUCUUUUUUUUUCCCCCUUUGACUACAUUUUGUAAGAUGAAGAACAGAAAGGAAUGUAUUCAAGAUACUGACGAUCAGACGCAUGAAGGCAUGGAAGGUGAAGAAAACGAGGACAGCUGUUCCUGUUCUACUUUACUGUAUGAUGGCAACACGUGCCCCAUCUGUCUGAACUGCCUUCUGGAACAAGAGGUUGGGUUUCCUGAGAGCUGCAGUCAUAUCUUCUGCAUGACUUGUAUUCUUAAAUGGGCUGAGACACAGGCUUCAUGUCCUAUUGAUCGCAGACCAUUUCAAGCAGUGUGCAGGCUGGAUGCAUUGGAUAAGCAGAUAAAGGUUCAGGUUACAAAACAGCUAAAGAGGAAGGAGGAAGAGGAAAACUGUGCCUGCAAUAAGAAAACAUACAGCCAUGUGAGGAUGAGAAGUUUUGUAAGAAGAGCUGUAUUUCCAGACAGAGGGCCAGUAACAAUAAAAUUAAGCAGAAUUGUGAAGAAAAAAUACAGUAAUAUUUUGUAUGACAAACCAAACAAGAAAGCUUUCUCUGUGAAGAUAAACAAGCCCAGAAGACAGACCUGCUGGAAUGAGUGCAUCAGAACUAAUUUCUUCAGCACACUUCUGGCUGGUGGUAGCAGUGGAGAAUCCUUUUUUAGCUGUAGAAAUGACUGUACAGAAUUUACAGAAAUCAAUGCAGGGAUCAGGCAGAAGAGACAAGAACUGGAAUUGUCCUGUUCAUCUGUGAUUGCUAGAGUUGAAAGUGUUCCUUUAAUACCUUAUGGAGCUGAAGCUGAGACCUUUCUCCUCACUUCUUCUGCAGUGGCUGGAAGAGUUCUUCCAACAAAUACCAGGCCUUUGGAAAACUUUGAAUCUUUAGGCAAAGGAUAUGCUGUUGCAUGUACCCAAGAAGGAGAAGAGAAAAAGGAAGCUUCUGGUUCAUCUAGCACUAGAGGAAGUAGGAGGAAAUCAGUUACUACUACUCCUACAAGAAGGUCUGCACGAAACAGCAAAAAUGAGACUCUGAGUCAGUCUCGGAGCUCCCCUCGAUCUAGCAGUUCUGCAUGCAGUGCUUCUGAUAGCAAUAACCCACCUCUGAAUAAAACUCAUUCAGAAGCAGAGAAUGCUCCUCCAAAACGCAAGUCUAAAAGAGCAGUUAAACAACAAACACCUGCAGUUAAAAAGAAACUGAGAAGUUCUGCACGUUCUGAGAAAUCACCCAGCGGCUCAGUGGAAGAUGAUGACAUUGCUGAGCCUGAAGCAGUCCUAACUUUAGAUAAAGACCACCAGUCAGAUAACGAAAGCAAUAAUGCAAGCCUCCCCCAGAAGGAUAAUGUAGAAAUAGAAUCCGCUAAUGGAUUGGAAAGCUGUAGUGAGCAUGCAGAAAUUGAGCAAACUAUGGGAGAAUGUGACAAAGAUGAAAAUACUUCAGGCAAUACAGAUUUAAGUUUUUCUCUCCAAGAAACCCCAAUACUAGCUUUAGGAAGUGAAAGUCAGGAAUUUGAAGUAAAAGAUGUUACUGAAAAAAAUGUAGAUCUUGCCAAUCAGGACAAUUGCGAAAAUACUCUUGAACAAGUGGAAACAGUAGCUAGUCCCAAAGAUGAUGUAUGUGACCAUGCAACUUCUGAAAAAAUAGAUCAGACAUCAUGUAGUCCUCAAAAAAAAUUAAUGGAGAAUAUAGAAACUUUGACUAAAGUAGCUAGUCCAGAAAAUGAAUUGUUGGAACAUCGGGAACCUUUGGGAAAAGAUCAGCCAUUAGAGAGCCCCAGAAGUGAAUUGCCUGUGCAUCCUGAAGACAUGGAAAUAGAUAAUUCUGAGACUGAACUAAAACCAGUAGCAGACUGUGCAAAACCUGUUCAAGAUGAAGAACCAGAUGCAUUAAUACACAGUAUUUCUAUGGACAGUACAUCAGAACAACCAUUAAAAGAGAACACCAUUACAGAAAGUGAAGACGGUGGAGCUUCAGAGUCACCCCCAGUAAAUGCUGAAAAUAAACAUUUUGGUGAAGAUAACAAUGAAAUGAUACCAAUGGACUGUGAUUCAUUUUGCAGUGACCAGAAUGAACCUAAGAUUGAGCAUUUACCACCACCUGAAAGUACAGAGCAAGAAGUUAACUCCUUACAGUGUGAUGUGGGAAACUCUGCAUCAGAUUCCGAUGAAAAAGAUGAAAAUGUUCCUCAAGAAAAAGAGUGCCAGCCAGAGCUCAAAAAAGAGAAAAAGGCUCGAACUAGGAGAUCUAGAUUUCACUCUCCAUCAACAACUUGGUCUCCUUCUGGGAGAGAGAGCAGGAAAUCUCAGUCACCAUCCCCUAAAAGGGAAACAACUGGAGAGAGGAGCUCACGAUCGCCCAAGAAGGUACCUGUGAGAGAGGGAAGGAGAUCCUUAUCUUGCUCUCCAAAGAGAGACACAGUCAGAGAUGAGAAAAAAACACCACCUCGAUCUCCCCAGAGGGAAACUGUCAGGGAAAGCAGGAGAUCAUCUUCUCGAUCAGGAACUAAGGAUUCAUCUCCAAGGCGAAAAUCUAGGUCUCGAAGCAGUGAUAGAGAUAGUCAAAGAAGAGAUCGUGACAGAGAAAGAAGAAAUAGGAGGCGGUCUAGGUCACAAUCGCGCUCUAGAUCAAGAUCACGAUCCAGGACUAGAAAUAAAGGUUCUUCAUUCUCUAGAAGUGAGAGGGAAAGUCAUUCACCUCGAUGGAAAGAGAGAUGGGCAAAUGACAACUGGAGGAGUCCUAGAGGAAGUGACCGAUACAGGAGAAGUGAUCAAGAGAAGCAAAAUGAAAACCUUAAAAAAGAGAAGGACAAUAAUACAGAAAAAAGCAAUGAUGAUCAGUGUUCUUCAGAUAAGCAGAGGAAUGAUUGUCCAGAUUGGGUAAUGGAGAGGAUAAACUCUGUUUCUGAAGUCAGGAACAGAGAAAGAGAGAAACCGCAUUGGGAAGAGGGCAGGCAUGAUAAUGCAGGACAGUCUUGGAAUAAAAACUUUGGUUCAGGUUGGAUUCCGAAUCGAGGGAGAGCUCAGCGUGGCCGAGGUGGCCGUGGCCGAAGCGGUUUUAUGUAUGGAGACCAGAGUGAAAAUCACUGGCAAAACAGAAAACCUCUCUCAGGGAACUCAAAUGGUUCUGGGAAUGAAGCUUCAAGGUUCUCAGAACAGCAGCCAUACAAGCGUAAGAAUGAACAAGAGUAUUCAUUCGAUACACCUGCUGACAGGUCUGGGUGGACAUCUGCAUCCAGCUGGGCUGUGAGGAAGACUUUGCCUGCAGAUGUGCAGAAUUAUUAUUCGAGAAGGGGACGCAAUUCAUCCAGCCCACAGUCUGGAUGGGGAAUGAGACAAGAAGAGGAGACACCUGAACAAGAUCCAAACCUCAAAGACCAAGGCAACCAGCAAAGUGAUGGUUCUCAGUUACCAAUAAAUAUGAUGCAACAACAAAUGAAUGUAAUGCCACAAGUGAAUGCACAGCACCAACCUAUGAAUAUCUUCCCGUACCCAGUGGGUGUCCAUCCUCCUUUGAUGAAUAUGCAACGAAAUCCUUUCAACAUGCACCCUCCAAUGCCCAUGCAUCUCCCUACCGGAGUGCCUCUCAUACAGGUAGCUGCUCCCACAAAUAUUUCUCAGGGAUUACCUCCUCCUCCACCUCCACCCCCACCAUCUCAGCAAGUCAACUACAUUGCAUCACAGCAAGAUGGAAAACAAUUGCAGGGUAUUCCAAAUGCUUCUCAUGUAAGUAACAGCAUGAGUGCUCCAGCUUUGCCUGCUCCAGCAGCAGUCCUGGGAAACGUGGGAACAGUUCAGGGACCAAAUUCGGGUAAUGCAACGUCAUCAGGUCACAUGAAGAGCUCUAAUGCAGCUGUAAAACUGGGAGAAAGCAAGGCAAGUGUAACAGUGGAAGCCAGUGCAGAUAGCUCGAAGAAGGACCAGAAAUUGUUAAUUCAAGAAAAAGCAGCACAAGAGGUCAAGCUCGCGAUUAAACCUUUCUACCAAAACAAAGAUAUCACUAAGGAGGAAUACAAAGAAAUUGUGCGGAAAGCUGUAGAUAAAGUUUGUCAUAGCAAGAGCGGAGAAGUUAAUUCUGCAAAAGUGGCAAAUCUAGUGAAAGCGUAUGUAGACAAAUACAAGCAUUCACGGAAGAAAAAUCCUGAAGAGGCAGUCUCCUGUGAAAGGAAAUAGAAUAUGUUUUCAUUUUUUAGUUUUGUUCUAUCUGCAAAGUGCAAUUUCAAUGUGAACUGUUAACUGAAAAUUGUACAUGACAGUGAUUUGAAUUUGGUUUUGAUAAAAUUAUUUUUCAAGGUAGUAUAUAAUGUUUUGUUCUAAAGAAAUAUAGAUCUGCAGGGCAACUUCUUUAUUCCUUUUUAAAAAGAGAUUUCUAAAAAGAAUAAAGGUGUAAAGAAGAAUCAUUAGGAAUGUACGAUUGUGUGGAUACUUAGAUGUACAGCAUUUUGACUUGAAUAAGAGAGUGCAUUAACUUAGAAACUUCAAGUACGUUGGGUUUGGAACAGGUAUGUACAGUACAUGUGAUCAGCAGAUUAAAGUAAAAAUUUUCUUUUGAUUACUCCCUAAUUAUAGCAGAUAAAAUAAUUAAUUGCCUUGACAAAUAUUUUUAGUGUUAACUGGACAGGCUGAAUGCAAGGGUCACAAUGUGUAUAUUAAAAAAGCACAUAGAGUUGUCUGAACACAACUGUUUAGAUUUCAAAAAGAAGUCAUAAACAGUAAAAUGUGGUGCCCAAAAGCAUGGGUGCUGCACAGCUGUUGUAACACCAAAUAAAAAUUAUGCUGCUUGGUAUUAUUUGUGAUGUUUUUCAAUUUGUUUCAAGAUAGUGGGAUAUCUUGAAUAAUUUUUAUGUGUUGAAAGCCCUCAAUCACCACACACUGAUAACCUCAGUUCAGGUUGUGCCCUUAGGCUAGAAGGAAGUUAGUGUACUAGAUGUUCAGAAACAGAAAAGUUUCUUCUUCAAGUAAAAUCAAGAAAGGUGGAGUUUAUCCAGGUUAGGUCCCCAGUUGACUGGAGUCUGAGCUGCAUAAUCCUUUUCUCCAUUAUUUAGGGAUCGUGGCAUGAAUCACCAGACCUGUGCUGUUGGAGACCAAGUGUCUUCCUUCUUCCCUGAGCACUGGAGAGAGGUUAUUAGAGGUACCACAAGCAUUCUAAAAGCAGCUGUAGGGUCACUGAAUGUGCCUGCAGAAAGCUUACACCUCAGGUAAAACCAGUUUUACUGAGGCAGCAGCAGGGAGGGUUGCUGGAAUACUGAGAUCACUGUGUGCUCCUUAGAGAAACAACAGCUUGAGAUCCUUCUCAAAGGAGCCUUACUCUGAUUUGUCACAGGUCUCGUCACCAACCCUCCAGUCCUGUUGUGCUGUAACAGCCUUUGGUGUUGGCUCAGCCUGGCUUCCGCUCCAGCCCAAAGCUUCCUGGCCCAGAAGCAGGAAUAAAACAUUUUACCAGAAUGUAUCAGUUGAGUUUUCUGAGAUGUUCUCUUUGGAGCCAGUAGUUCCCAAAUUACCUGUUUUAGGCAGAAAACACAGUCCCACCCUCUGAGUAACUUUAGCAGAAGCUUGAGGAUGGCAUAAGGGGUAUCCACCCCUGUUGUACACGUGUGGUGUAAAGAGGUGUAAAAACGUGAUGUUUGUCACAACAGUUGAUUGCUUGGUUUUAACUAAAACUUUCUGCAGGCUUAAUGAAGAAUUUGACUGUCUAUAUUUAUUUUUGUGUGCCUAAAUACAAAUACUAUGUAAAUUAGAAACAGAUAUAAUACAUUUUCUACAGUCAAGUCAGGUUUUAGACUUUUCAAUAUACUCAGUUUUACACAUGAUAGCAAUUUGUAAGAUCUCUUGAACUAUUUUAAGCUAAAUUUGGUUAAUACUUUUUGAAAAAUGUAGCAAAUUGCUAUGUGUAUCUUGGGUUAUCAAGCCAUGUGUACUUUAUUACAUUUUCCUUCUCUGAAUUUUUGGAUUUUAAUCACUUUUUAUAUCUUUUUCUAUUCUAUACAGUUGAGCCUUGCUAUAAAGCUCCUUUCAGGAGUCAGAUCGUGUUCCAAGGGGUAUUUUUCCUCUUUUGGAAGAGAGAUGGAAAUUGGGGAAGGUGGGAAGAAACAAGGGAGGCUUUGAACUGGGAGAAGGGAGGGGUCAUUAGUUUCUUGUUCUGCAGCUCCUGGGUGGAAGAGAAGCUGUCACUGGCUGCCAUGUUGUUGGGGCAGUGACUAUAGUGAUGCUCCACUGUAUUUCAAAACCUAAUGAAGAAUAGCAGAUAGAGUAGCAUGUGCUCAGUGACUUUAUUUUUUACAGUUAAAUACUUCAGAAUUUAUCAGCAAAUAUGCAGUUUGUUACAAUUUCUGUGUUGAGUUAAAGAAAUGCAUUGCCUUAAUCUGUGGACUCUGCUCCUGUUUCUCCCGAGAAGCAGCGCGGUCUCUGGUGGCUGCCUGAGAAGGGGAGUACGGCAACCUCGGAGUCUUGGUUGUGUUCCAGCAGGAUGAAAGGUGUUUUUCUAUUUGUUGAAACACCUUCUACUGAAAAGUCCCUACAUGCAUCAGCACUGAGGGCAGAGGUGGGGAGCUGAGUCCCCUUGCUGCCUCCAGGGUAGUGACGAUUCCUUCAAUCCAAACUGCCUUGUGGGAAGCAGUUACAAAAGUGUACCUUCUGUGAACUUAUGCAAAUCAAAAGGGUUUUCCUUGCACCCCUUCCCCUUUCUCACUGUGCAUGCUGCUUGAAUGUCUCAUCCUAAAGAUAGACCUUACGAGCACAGUGGCUGUCCAAAGUCCACAGUACUUUGUAUGGAGGCUAGAGUGCUGUCUACUGAAAAAAAAUACUCUAAAAAUUAGUUUCGUGUAGUGUUUAACAGUUUCUAAUAAAUUCUUUUCUCUCA